AUGAAGAUUCUGAUAGGGCUCGCCCUCCUUGGCCUGUCCGUUCGGACUGGCAAGGCGCUCGAGGUUGGAAUGGACCAGUCUGACCAGAACCGCCAGUACUGCUCGGGCAUGUAUAGUCGAACGACUUGGGGGGGACCCGUCGAUCCUUUUAUUCUCAUCAAGUUUCUUUCUCCUGGACCUACCGAAAACAAGGACCCGAUCGCGAGUCUUCUCAUCUUCGAGUGGGGUGAUAAAAGUCUAAUCGGCAUCCCCGAUCCUGAUAUGCCCGAAACACAACUUGAGCUCUGCCGCGAGGAUUCCGUCAGGAACGGCCACUGCAACUCGACGGAUAUCGGAGAAUUCAUCGUGGCCCACAACGCCACGGAGAAGUCGGCCGCCAUGAUCUUCACGCAGGCAGUUCAUCUCAACUCACCCCAGCCUAUUCACUACGCGAUCAAGAAAACCGGAUAUUACUGCGUCAUCACGGAUGGUUUCACGUCAAAUAACUACAAGGCCAUCGCAGAGUUUCGAAAUGCCUACGGCGAACUCCCGGCAACGCAAAUUCCUAAGCUGCCUUUUUAUGGCGGCAUGUCCAUCCUCUAUUCCUUGGUCGCCGUAUUCUGGGGCUUCUUUUAUUAUCAGCACCGUUCCGACAUCUUGGCCGUGCAGAACUACAUUACCGCCAUUCUCAUUUUCCUCAUCGUGGAGAUGCUCAUAACCUGGGGCUUUUAUGACUAUCAGAACAACAACGGUUCGAAUGCGGGAUCCAAAGUUAUGCUUGUCAUCGUUGGAGUACUCAAUGCGGCGAGAAACUCGUUCUCCUUCUUCCUUUUACUCAUCGUUUGCAUGGGCUACGGGGUGGUUAAGCCUUCGCUCGGCCGGACCAUGAUACACGUCCGCUGGCUUGCGGCCGCUCAUUUUGUAUUCGGUCUUGUGUAUUCCAUCACCAGUCUUUUAAUCUCCCCCGAGAGCGCAGGGCCGUUUGUUCUUCUCAUUGUCCUUCCUCUGGCCGGCACGUUGACUGCAUUUUACGUUUGGACCCUCAACUCUCUCAGCGUCACUUUGAAAGACCUGAAUGACCGCAGGCAGCACGCAAAGGAGGCCAUGUACCAAAAACUCUGGUGGGCGAUCCUCGCCAGUAUUCUGGUCAUCUUCGCUUUCUUCUUCUUCAAUAGUUUCUCUUUCGCCUCAGUCAAUGACCCCGACUUUGUCCCGUUUCACUGGAAGACGCGAUGGUUCGUUCUCGACGGCUGGCUGAAUAUCGUAUAUUUCGCCGAUGUCACCUUCAUCGCCUACCUAUGGCGGCCGACGGCAAACAACAGCCGCUUCGCCAUGAGCGAUGAAAUCGCCCAGAACGAUGACGGGACCUUUGAGAUUGGCGAUAUCGGCGUCCCUGAUGAUUUUGAUGACGAGGACGAGGAGGCACAUCCAGGCAAGCAUCAAGCCAACAACCCCCCUAUCACCGGCGGUGGGCCUGCGCCAGCUGCUCAGCCGCGGAGUCAAGGGCACACUGUUCGUCAGGAUUCACUCGAGGGCGAGACCAUCUUUGCCGUCGGCGACGAUGGAGACAAGUUUUCCGACGAUGGGAGCGAUGAGGAGGACAAAAAGCUUGUACGAAAAUAG